AUGAUAGCCAAAGGAGACCUAGCAGACUAUUUCGGGCCGAAGAAGCAGACAAGGCUGAUGGAGGUAAAUCCUCGAAAAUUAGAAGACAAUCAGGUAAAGGUCAUUCACGCGAUACAUGGAAAGUCAGAGAAGGAUCAAGAGUCAGAAGAGGUGUAUCGCUCCAGAUUGCGAGCAGUCCACAAGCUGAGGAAAUUAUCCUCGGUUAACACCAUCACCUCGGGUAGUAUAAGGAUCGGCUUCGGAGAUGAAAACCUGUCGAAGGUACAGCUUCCCCACGAAGACCCACUCGUCAUUAGCUUUCUAGUAGCAAACUACAUGAUUAGAAGAGUCCUGGUAGACCCUGGCAACAUCACAAAUAUUAUAACUAAGGCAGUCUUUGAGCAAUUAAAGAUUCUAUUAUCCUUAAUUAAAGCCACUUCCAGCCCUUUGAUGGGGUUCGAUGGAAUAAAAGUAGAUCUCAUUGGUAUAGUAGAUUUGUCAGUCAUCACUGCGAAGAGGACACUGAAGGAAAACUUCGUUCUACCAAAAAUUCACCCUUCUUACAAUCUCAUCAUGGGGAGAGGGUGGAUUCACCAAAUGAAUGGAGUACCAUUUACUCUAUAG